ACCUUUUCACGCUCACCCCUGCAGCUGUAGCACAGAACAGAACUGCAGCAGAGGCUAGACAACAGCAUGCGAGUCGUGUGUGUUUUGCUAGGGGUGGUUGUGGGGGCAUGGGCUAUGGUGCUGCCAAAGCUGACGGAGCCACCCUGUGACUCUUUAGAGGCCGAGGCUGCUGCCGCAGUCUUCCAGGAUUAUAUCAAUGCUCAGCGCACCAGCGGAUUCAAGUACGCCCUGAACCAGAUUGAUAAGAUAAAAAUCAAGACUUUGGCAAAUAUGGAGAUCUACAAAAUGGAACUUGACCUUUUGGAGACCAAGUGCCAUGUCCUGGAUCCCACACCAGUGACUGCUUGCCCAGUCAGGAAUAAAGCAGAAGUGGCUGUGGAUGCCGACUGUGAUGUUGUCUUCAUCAAAUCUGGUGGAGUUUUAAAAGUAACAGUACACAGAUGCAAAACAGAACCAGAAUCAGCAGAGGAUGUGUGUUUGGAUUGUCAUCAGCUUCUGGCCCUAAAUGACACCAAUGCUCUUCAAAUAGCCACAGUCUCUCUUGAUGCAUUUAACAACAGAAUAGCAAAUGUCACCAUCAGCAAAUAUGCUAUGUUAGAAGUUGUCCGAUUGAGCACUCAGGUUAUAGUUGAGGCGCCUUACAUCUUUGCCGAAUAUGCCAUUGUGGAGACAAACUGCACAACCACAGAUGACUACAAUUGUGUACCCCUGAAUAAAACUGUAGCAACCUAUGGAUUCUGCAGAGCUAGUAGUGACAGAGCACAUACGGCAGUUGAAUGUCGUAUCUUUGCUCCACAGCUUACGGAUCCUAAUACAAACGUCAUGAUGCCAGCCACAAGCAACCCUGUCCCUCCUACAAACAAUACCGUUCCUGUUAGUGGCAUUAUGCCACUACUAUUGGUUGAGAUGAUUCUGUCAGCAGAAUCGGCAGAAUCACUGGAACCUGUAAAGGUGGCAUCAAUCAUCCCCAUUGUGAAGGGACAAGCACCUGCAGCUGAAACAGUGGCACCUGGUGGUCAGCCAGUCCCUGUGCCAUUUGUUCCCAUUUGUCCAGGGAAGAAAAAACACUUCUAAGCAAUUGGUCUAGCCCACCCUCAAUUUAACUUGACAGGAUUAAUUCAUAUACUACUAUAAACUAAGUGCUUAAGCUGGAUUUCAGCUAUGGGCUUGCACUCACUCCUGGUUUAAGAUCCUCUAGUCUUUCAAAUGGUGCAUCAGGAAAAAAAAAAGUACUUAGGGCUCUUUGAACUGUAUGAACUGAUGACUGAAUUAAAUAUUACAACACCCACAUCACGA